ACAUCCAAUGCCUAUCACUUGGUGAGGUUCAUGUUUCAAGUCCCCACAAUGCGACUUCUGAUCACGUGGGGUGUGUGCAUGCUGGUCUCGCUCGCCAGGGGCCAAGAGCUCCUGCAGAACGGUGGGUUCGAAUCCCUUGACCACUGGGACUGCUGGAGUCCAGUGCAGUGCUUUGUGACGAGCGACAGGCAUUCUGGUUCUAAUGGCGUGCAGGUGCAAAACAGGCAAGCUGACUGGCAGGGCCCCUCACAGUACAUCUCCGUCACCCCGGGUAGCACGUACCAGGUGAGCGGCUACAUCAAACUGCAGAGUGACCAGGGCAUCGGCCAGAACGUAGAGCUCGAGCUCGACUACGAGUACACGGAUGGCAGCCACGAGUACCAGACAGCCGCCAGUCAUCCAGGGGCCAGAGUGUCCGAUGGUUGGAUUCAACUGACUGGCAGCUUUACAGUUCCCAACAGACAACUGAGCAGAACUAGAAUCUACUUCCAAGGGCCGCAACCAGGAGUCAACUUUGUCGUCGAUGACGCCUCAGUCACAUCCUCUGGCACUGGCACUGGCACUGGCACUGGCACUGGAACUGGCACUUGGCCUGGUACUGGCAAUGGUGGCAACACAGCCCAGAUCAGCAGCGAGUGUGACCAGCUGCGACGAAGCAAUAUUGAAAUCAAGGUAUCUGGAGGCGACACCGCUGAUGUCAAAAUCAGGGUCUUACAGAAGAAGAAGUCGUUUCCGUUCGGAACUGCUGUGGCCGCCUACAUCUACAACGAUGGGUCCAAAGCAGCAUACCGGGAUUUUAUCCAUCAGCACUUCAACUGGGCGGUGCCGGAAAAUGCACUCAAAUGGCCAUCUGUAGAGCCCCAGAGGGGACAGAAAAACUUCGGCCCAGCCUUGAACAUGAUCAAUGGACUGAGGAGUCAUGGUAUCAAGGUCAGAGGUCACAACCUGGUGUGGUCUGUCGACCAGUGGGUGCCGGACUGGGUCAAGCAGUUGUCUGGCGAUGAGCUGCGGAGGGUCGUCCACGACCACAUUGUAGAGGUUAUGGACAAGACCCGGGGUUUACUGGAGCACUGGGAUGUGAACAACGAGAACCUACACGGCCAGUGGUUCCAAAAUCAGCUGCACGACCCCAGCUACAACCUGGAGCUGUUCCGCAUCACACACGCUGCUGACCCCCAGCCUAAACUCUUCCUCAACGACUACAACGUGGUGUCUAACGGUGCAUCGACCAGUGCGUAUCUGCAACAAGCGCAGCAGGUGAAGGCUGCGAACGUGGGACUCUAUGGACUGGGAGUUCAGAGUCACUUUGGUGACGAGGAAGAACCGAGCCCCAGUGGAGUCAAGCAACGUCUAGACAUGCUGGCUCAAGCCGGGCUGCCCAUCUGGGCCACCGAGUUAGACGUGAAUGCUGCAGACGAGAACAGACGAGCUGACUUCUACGAGAAGGCCCUCACGGCCCUCUACUGCCACCCGGCCGUGGAGGGCAUCCUCCUGUGGGGCUUCUGGGACAAGGCCCACUGGCGUGGUGCUGGAGCUGCUCUUGUUGCUGGAGACAACCUGCAGCUGACGGCAGCUGGACGGCGGGUGCUGGAGCUGUUGGAGCACAGAUGGAUGACAGACGAGACGUUCAACGUGGCGCAGUCUGGCAACCAUUUCACCCUGCGUGGUUUCCCUGGCGACUACGAGGUGCAGGUCACUCACCAAGGCAACACGCGGACACAGACAUUUACCCUGGGGAAAGGGAGCGAGACCGUGAACAUCAGCGUUUAAAUAUAAUUAACCCGGGAACAUGAACUUAGAGGAUCGUGGUGCUGACGGAAAUUGUGAAUUUUACUUUCAUUAAAAGCAUUCGUGGAAACAC